AUAGCGCGCGGUUUCAUACGCGUCUUUAAAGACUGACCUUACCUCCACCGUUCAUUUCUCAACCCCAAGUCAAGUGUUCUUUCUCUCUUCCCUUUUCCAAUAUCAAUCAAUACGAAUCUCGACUUUUUUAAGGUUUUCUUCGAUUUCGCGCGGUACAAUCAAACAAUCUGAAUCUUAGGUUCGAUUAGUCCUGUCCGUGUCCGUAUUUUUUACCGGUAAAAGCGUUUCGAUCUGAGAAAGAGACAAAUAUAACGAUGUCGCGAUAUAUCACGCCUGUGUAUGGGAGGAGGAACGGUCAGAACUUGGUCGAAUCGACUAAGAUCGGAAGCCACCAUAUAGUCGCCUCUAAGAAGGUGCACAGGAAAGAGAAGGAUAAAAAGAAGAUAAAGAAUGAGAAAUCCAUUAAACAGCUAUAUCUACCAACCAAGAAAGUGUCCGAUGAAGGUGAACAGCUUGAGAAGAGUUGUUUGACUGAAGAACAUCACAAUGUUGGGUAUUUGUCUGAUGAUGGUAGCCAGAAUAGUAAGAAGAGAAGAAGGGAAGCUUCUCCUUCUGUUGAAAGUAAUAUCAAAGAUACGCCUGUAGCUGGUAGGCCUUUACGAAUACGUUUUGUCUUCAAGAAACCUAAGGAAGCUGAGGUGGUGGUUCUCCCUCCUCAAGUGCCUCUAGAGGAUCUUGUUUGCUCCACCUCAGCGACUGAUAGACCCAUUGGACUAUCAAGUUCUGUCUCAGGUUACGAUGAGAAUUUGCUCUCGACUUCUCCUGAGAGUGGCGAGACUGCAAUUCUUUCUGAAUCAAAGAAGAAAAACAAACACAGGACAAGCAAAGAAUCCCGGUACAGUUCAUUGUUUGAUGAACCUGUUCUUCCUUCCAUUUCUUCCAUGGAGGUAGACGAUGGCUGGCUUGUUGGGGCAAAGCGGCAAGAGGAUGUUUCUACCAAGUCUUCUAUGAAUGAAGACGUGGUCAUGAACAUGCAGAAGUCGAGAGAGUCUUCUUGUUUUCCUAGAUCUCAGUUUUUGUCUGAAGUGGGAGUUUUUUCAUUGCCAUACACAGUUCUGUUUUAGGUCCUCGCAUGAUUGUUUUGUUCUUUUUCAAAGCUUAUCGUAGUCCUUAGCUUGUACAGUGCCCACUGGUUGUUGUAACUAUCAAAAAGAUCAAUAAUACUUGUACGAUCUUCCUA